UUCCCGUUGAUUCUAGUGUAGAGAGAGUUCUCUUCUCGUGCCCGCGUAAAGACGCGAUCGGUCGCGUAGUUUUGCGCAAAGUAAUGUUCAGACUUUGGACCAGAAGCUCAACGCGAAGUUCAGCGACCGAUUUAAACAACCGUACAUCCUAUUUUUAUCAGUCAAGAGAAUGUAGCGGUCAUUCGAGGAUCUCGGGUAAAUUAAUUUCGUAGUUCCAUGUAGACGGAGCCCGCACUUUACCAAGUACAAACUAGCUAACGUAACUGGCUAAUUCAUUGCGCAUCACUUGUGAUCUUAGCCGCGGAGUCUAGCGGUGCGCGCUCACGUCUUGCGAGAGUAGUUGGUUGUGAUAAACGCUAAACAACGAAGCAGUUGGUUGAGCCAAACAUAAUGGUAUGGGUCAAAGGGACAUCACAGCGUUCGAGGCGUCCAUGAAAAGAAAAAGCGGAAUUCCCACUGCCUCUAUGUGUCGACUGGAUGUGGAGUCCGCAGUUGUGAAGAAGGAAGUUGAGCCCGGCGGAGGAGAUGGUGCCCGUUCCUCGUCAAGGUACAUGUUGGGCCGGGGGGUGAAACGUAAGCUGAGCUCAUGUGAGGACCCUGCCCAGGACUUGCCAUAUCCUCAGCAGAGGCAGCUGGUGCUGGACUUGUGUCUAGACAAGCUACAAAGCUGCCAGCGGCGAGCUGAACCCAGCCUGCACCGUUCAGUCCUGCUGGCCAACACCCUCCGCCAGAUUCAGCAGGAAAUGAGACAGGAGGGGGAAACCUGUUUGCCACCAGCCCCGCUCGGCCCCUCGCUCCCUCACGCCUCCACCCCACGCCACUUCCCUGACCUGCCACCUGUGCCCUUAGACUGUCCUCCACCUCUAACCGGAGCACUGUCCCCUUCAUUCCCCCUCAUGACAGCUGAGGAGGAGGAGGUCCAGUUUGGUGGCACCGUAAAUGAGACUCUUUUGCCAUCCCUCGCUGGUGAGGAUGACACAAGGUCAUCAGAUUCACUCUUUGGCUCAUUCGAGAUUACUAAUUCCACCAGCUACUUGACAGACUUGGCUUUGGAUGACAUCUUUGAGGACAUUGACACGUCGAUGUACGACUCCUCUGACAUUUCUGUCCUGGCGUUUCCUGUGCAGAGAAGCAGCGGGGUGGACGAUGGCCUCAAGAGCCUUUCCAGCUGCACCUCCAACAACAGCCUACAGCUCGGUCUCUCAGACAUCAAUGACCUGGACCACAUCAUGGAGAUCCUUGUGCGCUCCUGAAUCACAGCUCAGACCACAGUGUCCUCAUUCAGCCAUCCCAGUGUUUUCUAUGGGAAAUGAAUAAUACAAUGCAUUUUAUUUUUUAAAAGCAAACAAACAAAUAUUUUAUCUAUUUUUAUACAAAGGACUGAUAUAUUUAUAUAUGAAAAAAGGAAACACACUCUCACUGUAGGAUAAAUGCACAUUUUAAAGACUUUUUCCAGAUGGUCGAGCUUAAGCUGCCAUCCUUCAUAUUUAAGCAAACUAAGAUAUGAAUAUGCAGGGACUUCGGAAACAAAUACAAAGUAUUACCAUUGAUGCUUAUUUAUAUUGGAUAGUUGUAUUUAAAAGAAGAUGGAAGAAAAGUGGAUUGUUAUGGACGCUCCACCUUAGCUUUUGAUAAGCUAAAAGGCAUUUAUUUUUUGUGAUCUCCACUGUAUUCUGAAGCAUUACAUUUAACUGUCAGUAAUUAUGAUUAUCAGAUCAUGUCAUGCACAUGCAGCACUCACACUACCUCUCAAGAUACCAAGAGCUCUUUCUCUAUACAAAGACUGUCAUUGUUACAACUGUAUUUUAAUGGUUUCUCUCCAAUAACUUUCAAAACUGCUGAUUGUUUUAUAUAUGGCUCUGUUCACAGGAAAGCCUCUCCUCAAAUGUUAGGAUUUAGUCCAAAGCUAUAUAGCUGUAGAAGAAAGGCUUUUGUCUCGAUCUUUCUAUUCAAAAUGUUCUUUUUGAAACAUUUCUUACUUUGGUUUCAGAAUGAGCUGUUGCUUGCAUAAAAAGUGAUCUGUAUUUUCUAAUCACUUGGAAUUUAAUCCUAUUUCUACUUUUCACGUACAUGAUUGUCAGUCACACAGCCACCGUCGAAUCCCUCGUAUGAACAUAGUGCCUACAACGGAGAAUGAAGACUGCCGACGAUGAACUGCACACUGUGGACCCGCGCAUAGACUUGCCUGAGUUUCCUGCUCUAUGCCCAUGAUGCUCUCUAAGUGGGUUGUUUGUCACUUUUUUGAGCAUUUACCUCUAAAGAAGCCAUUACUCGAAUGUGGGUCCACAUCUCCUCUCUGCUCUCGCAUUGUGAUCUACAUUGUAAAAAGCUAAUUGUGGAUGUCUAUGGUUGCCUCUCAUGCUGUGGUCUCAAAGACCAUUUCUGAAUGUACAAGCUUACUCGCGUGGAGCAGAGAUUAAUCCAAUCUGAUGUCUCACCUGCUUACUUUUCCCUUCAUCACAAACUUAGUUAUUAGUUACUACUUAAACUUGUGAAAUGGUAGACUAGAGCAAGGCCCUUAGUUUUUGACCUGUAUUAACAUCCACCGAACAUCAAGUUGCUGCAAUCGAAUGCGAAAGAGCCACAAGCUGCUGUCUCCAUUAAGACUGGGCAGAAACAGGGGGAAGGGAAGAACCAGAGAGCGAGAUUGGGGGGGGGGGUUAAAGCAAUCAGUUCCUGUCACGUGGAGAGCUGUGCUAGUGGUGAAUGCUACAUUUAGAGUUUGAGCUGGUGCGCAUUGGUGCGCUCAUAGCAAGCCCCACCCCCAGUGAGGCCCCAAGGGGCUUUGAUGUCCUCCCAACCAAUCGUUUUUGUUUAAGGGAGGAGAUUUGUUCUCUCUCUGCUUCAUGCGGAAUAGAAUAACAAGUGGAAGUGGUUCAGUUUGGUUCUUCCCUUGCCUAUGGAUAGCUCACUUUGAUCAUUAGUGGCUUGAGACAUUUUACAGUCUGAAUUUGAGUUAAAUUUAGACAUUCCAGCUAAAAUACAUAAGAUAUUUAUAUAAUAAAAAAAAAAACUAAUUACAGAGUUUGAGGUUGCAGCAGAGAAGGGCUUUUUGUUUUUUGGUUGAAACUGAUGUGCUCAUCCCUCUUUAAACUCAGGCUUGCAGGCACCCCACCCUGCCUUUCCCGCUCACAAGACACAUGCACCGCCACAGAGAAAACCUGACACUAAAGAAGUUUACACUCAGAUUUUAGGAAACUUGCUCGUGUAAGAUGGUAACCAUAAACCAGAGAGAGACUUCAUGAUGAGACCAUCGGCGUUGCAUCAGCGACCUGUUUUUAAUGCUGAAAGCUGUGGAUCUAAUGAGUGUAGCUUUGUAAGCUUGAUCAGUUUUUCUUUUUGUGUUGUGUAUAUACAUUUGUAUUUAUAUAUUUUACUUGUGUUUUGAUCUUUUUAUUUGUUGUUGACUAAAGAUCAUGAGAUAAUAUAUUGCUUUUAUUUAAGAGUGAGAUAUGAUCAGUAGACUUUGGUCUUUUGGAGGUUUUAUUUGUUUUUUGAAGUGUGAUUUGUACUUCACCUCUUAGUAACAAUUAACGUGUACAUUUAUGAUGCAGAGUUAUGAGAGAUGUUUAUCAAUGAAAUUAUUUGUAAAUGUUUCGAUCUGUGCUGACUCUGAACUGAAAGACGAUGGGAUCUUAACAGUGUGUUCAUUUCCCUUUGGACCAUUCAGUUAUUUAGGCAGCUUUUUAACAGUUUUUAUGCUAAAGUGGUUAAUGCUUUGUUGUCGGCCUCAUUUAAAUGUAAUGUCUCCUGUUGCUUGAAUUUCAGUCUUUUGAAGGACAUUUGUUUCACAAUAAUCAGCCCCAGCAGCCUCUGGUUAUAAACUAAUGUUCGUUAUGCUUUAGUCUAGAAGCAUGCAUUGCAGUAAUGCACAGAGCAGCAGUGUAAAGUGGUUUACACUUUGUCGUAAACUUAUGAACGGAUUACUCAAAUAAUGUAUGGUACGUUUGAUGUACUGGUUGCACAUAGACCACAAAAAGCAGCAAGAGUUUGUAUUAUCAUGGUCCUUCUCAAAUUUGGUUGUGAGGCACAAAACCGCACGCAAGCUUUAAACAUCAACUCAUCUUGUUAAUUUGGCUAUUAUUUAUUUUAAAAAAAAAUUUUUUAAUUAUCCUAAAGAAAUUGUAAUAUCAGAAACCUCAAAAUGUCACUUUGUCCCAAGUGCAAUAUGAAAAUAGGAACAUAAAGCGCUGUCUUGCCUAAUAGCAAAUGACACAAUGUAGUAGGCCUGUAUACCUUUGAAUAAAUGGCUAGAUGUUUUUUAUGAUGACUUUAAACCUUACAUUUUCUUCUUUCCCUAGAAACUGUCCUUUGAUCUGUUUUGACAGCAGAUUUUUGUGAGGUCUGUAAAUAAUAAAGCAUUUUCUUUUGCAGUCAUAUUCUAUGCAAUAGAUUGUAGCAGGUCAGUA